UCGGUGUGUAACGUUGCACUCCCUGAGUCUCGCGAGAGUUCGUGGAGGGUAGCUUCAGCAGCCUCAGCAGACUAGCUUCGAGCUAGUAUCUCAUCUGUGGCGAGUGACUGUUGCUCGCAAUCUUGUUCUUCAGCAACAACAAGAACAGCAAGAAGAAGAAGAAGCAGGAGCAGGAGCCUCCCCAUGGGACGCCAUCGCGCCGCUAUGCGUCCACACCUCCGCGCUCGUUUCGCUCGGGUUCGGCCCCGCUGACGGACGCGGCUGUGAUUUGCAGGAUGCAGCCUCCCACAUGUGGCCACGUAGUUACCGUCUGACCGCCACCAGGAACCAUGGAUGUUGCCGGGAUCAUGUAGCCGCACACCGUGGGCUCCCAUGAGCACCGGACUCGGCACUUCGCUGUAAACGAUCGGACGCACGUGCGGCGUUUCCUGCAUCUGUACGGCCUCGCAAGUCAGGACUGAUCUGAUUGGUUGUUGUCGGCAGGAGGAUGAACGGCUCGCUAUUAACUCCUCCCAGCCCAAGGGCAACAAACUCCUCCCCUUUGCCCCCGUCUCCCUCCCCAUCGCCGUCCCCACCGUCGCCCUCUCUGCUGCCCCUGUCGCCACGGCCGCCGCCCCUCCCGCCUCUGAUGAGCCCGCCACCCCCAACCCACCCGUCCUCGCUGUCGGACACGCCCACUCCUUCGCCCUCGCCCUGCCUCAGCUGGACUGAAUUCUGCGAGCUUCACGCCCGCGUGGCGGCCGGCGACUUUGCCCGUCACUUCCGGGCAUUUCUCUUGGAGAACCCGCACUACUCGUCUGACUCGGCCGCUGCCUUCUGCCGCCGCUUCAUGGAUCGCUUCGUCCGCCACUUCCAGAGUGAACUGGAGGGGGCGCCGCCAGUCGACGGCACCUCUGGCAGGGAGGAACUGGUGAGCUGGGCUCCCCAGUCAGACGCCACCUCCCUGGAAGAAGAGGCCGCGUCCCCCUCAUCGGUUUGUGGGGUGGCUGUCCCACCCUGCCCCACUGCGAAUGUGGCACAGCCGGCCUCUAAACAGGCACCCACGCGCCUCCUGCUGGACGGUCGCAGCGGUGACAGAUUUCAAGAUCCCUACGCCCACGGCCAGGUCCUGCCACCAUCUUCGUCGUCGUCCUGUUGCUCAUCUGUGGGCGGCAACAACGGCAGGCGAGACGACAGGGGCGGUGCAGCGGCCGGCGGGAAUGGAGAUGCGCCCGCCCAGGAAGAGGAGGACAGUUGGCCGGGUGCAGCGUCUGUGGGGGAGGAGGUGGAGCCGGACGAGCGCGAAGCCGAGAGCGGCGAGGCGGACUUCCCCGAUCCCUCAUGUGCACCUAGCACGCCCCCGCCCGGUUCCAAAGGCAAUGGCUCUGGCUCGAGCUCUAAAAACAAAGUGAAGAAGCGCUUCUCGCUGCGCAGCGUGGGGCGAAGCGUGCGUGGGAGUGUGCGAGGCAUCCUGCACUGGCGAAGCUCGUCCAGCGACUCGGCACAGAGCCCGCUGCCCGCAAGCUAUAGCUACACCCUGGGCAUGCAGGAUGCCACUCCGGCCCGGAACGCCGCUACCCAGCCUCCGACGCCCACCUCCUCCAUGCCAGUGUCUCUGUCCAUGCCCCUGUCCCUGCCCCACUCGUCUUCAUCCUCGCUGCCCCCCUCGUCCUCCAGCAGCGCCACCUCUUUGUCGCUUUCCGACGCCGCCCGGGACCGUCGGCGGAGCAACGGUGAAGGCGGGGAGAAGGACAAGUGGAGCCACCGCCUGGAAAAACUGCGACUUACGCGAUCCCCGCCUCCUGUCCUCACCCUGGGCGCCGCCGCAUCUGUGCUGCCACCCAGCUGCGCCAACGCUUCCGUGGCUGCGCCCAGGAAGGUGGGACGGUUGGUUCGGGAAGGCGGUGUGAGCGUUAGUUCAUCUAACGAUGAGUUGAGCGGAGGUCACGGCUUCCCGGGCUUUUCCUUUGCUCUCCCGCAUCACGGCCCCGACAACAACAACACGGUGGCACAGGCGGCCGCGGCUCCAGGUGUGGCUGCGGCGGGCGCCGGCAACGUACCCUGGAGGGGCGGGCGUUGGCAUAAGUGUCGUCUGGUCCUCCGAGAUAGGGAACGGGAAGGCGAGCGUGGUGACGAAUACUACUUGGAGUUCUUUAUUCCACCCAAGGCGUCAAAACCGCGGCGGACAGUGGCGUGCGGCGCCAUCGUGGACGUGAGGAGCACGACGGCACUGGAGGUCCCCGACAAGGAGAACAGCUUCCUGCUGCAGCUGGAAGGCGCUGUCCAGUACGUGAUAGAGACGCGAGACGCCAUCCAGAUGAGGGCGUGGCUCAGCGACAUCCGCAACGGAAUCUGUCUCAGCAGGCAGGAAGACCCCGACGGCCCGCCGGACAUCAGCGGCACGCCCGAGAAUAUCGACCGUCUGUCGCAAGUGUGCUACGGCGGCGUGGCGGGCUCCUCCCCUCCGAUGGAGCCUCUUCCGCCCGAACUGCCGCCACGAGCCCCUCUGGACGACCCUGACGCGCGUGUUCUUGGAGGGGGCGGGUCUAGUCUGGGUACGCCCUUUGCUGAGACGCCGGAUGCCACAGGCUCCUUUCUGUUUUCCGAGCCCACGGUGGGUGACGCGCCGGAGCACCCGCUCAGCGAGUGCCAGUGGUUCCACGGCACCCUGUCGCGCCUCAAAGCGGCCCAGUUGGUGCUGGCGGGCGGGCCGGCCAGCCACGGCGUCUUCCUGGUGCGCCAGAGCGAGACGAGGCGCGGCGAAUACGUUCUCACCUUCAACUUCCAGGGGAAGGCCAAGCACCUGCGCCUGUCGCUCAACGAGGACGGACAGUGCCGCGUGCAGCACCUUUGGUUCCAGUCCAUCUUCGACAUGCUGGAGCAUUUCCGCGUGCACCCCAUCCCGUUGGAGUCGGGCGGUGCCUCCGACGUCACGCUCAUCAGCUUCGUGGGUGCCGCUGCCGUCCGCCAGCCGGGCCGGGACAGGGCGGGCAGCCGGCCUACCAUCUGUGAUGUCAUCACCACGCGCCAUCCCGACUCUCCAUCAACCCCCAUCUCUGACUGUGUACUUGACCAGCAGACCCCGUAGCCCCCCCCAACCGCCCCCAAUUCCACCAGGACGCCCGCCGCCCCCGACGCCACCCCAGGAGAGAGGACGAGAGACGGAGCCAGAGACGGCGGCUGCGGGAGGCAGCGGCGGCAGCGGGGCGG